AACUCUAAAACAAAACUAAAGAAAACCAAGAAACCAAGGAAUCCAUUUAUGCCUGCUGUUGCAGCCAAGGGUAAAAAAGCCAAUGAGAAGGAGCAGGAUGCAACUGCUGCUGAUGAUCACACAGAGGAUGAGAGUGAAGAUUGCCUGGAGGACACACCCACUGAGAAAGCACAGGAUGAAGAAGAGGGCAGUGCCAAAGCAAGCAAACCACCAAAGAAAAAGAAAGUUAAGAGGAAGAACCCAUUCAUGCCUCACGUUGCAGUCAAGGGCAGAACAAUGCAGAAGAAGAGUGAGAAUCAGGGAGAGAGCAAUAGCACUAACCCCGGGGAGAGUGAAGGCCAAAAGAAGUCCCUCAUGGAGCAGCUGAAUGAAUUUCGUUUUGAUAGGCCUGAGGAAGACGAAGAGGAUCCUGAAAACCUCAUGGAAUGGUGGAACACAGUGGAACAGUGGGAGGACAUGCCCAAAGAUGAUGACAUGACUGAAAAGGAAGAGGCCAAGGCAUUUGCAGUGACAGCUGAGAAGGUGCAGAAAGGCAUCCGUGUCUUCAACAAGCUGUUCUCCGAGCGAGCUGAGGGCCUCUGGCAACAUGUCAUUGACCUGCAUGCCAUUGCGGACGGCUUAGAUCGCUUCAGCAAGAGGACCAAAAUUGCCCAGAUUACUGGAGGAUCCACCAGUGCUGUUGGAGGUGUGGCAACCAUUGCUGGACUUGCUUUAGCACCUGUCACCAUGGGAACCUCACUGAUUGUCACAGCUGUCGGACUUGGCGUUGCCACAGCAGGUGGUCUAACCUCUGCAUCUGCUGGCAUCUCAAAUACUGUUAACAACUCUCUGGAUCGCAAGAAAGUGGAACGCAUUGUGGAGGACUACCAGGAGAAGAUGGCCGACCUCAACAAGUGCAUGAAAUUCAUUAAGCAGGGAAUUGAGAACCUGCGCAAGUUCAACUUGGUAAAAAUGAAAAACCAUGCCUACAACCGAGAUUUCCCAGGCCUCAAUAACAUCUAUGAGGAUGGUGCCAUGGCUGGCAAGGCCAUACUCAUUAAUGCCAACGAGAUCAUGCGGGUGGUACAGAUCGCCAACGUGGCUGGUAGCACAGCAGCGCGAGCUGUUCAGAUUGCCAGUAUGGCCACUGGUGUGCUUACUGGUCUGUUUGUAGGCAUGGAUAUCUACUUUGUGGCCAAGGACUCACGAGAGCUGAAGAAAGGUGCCAAGUCAGAAUUUGCUGCAAAGAUUAGAGAAGUUGCUGAGCAGCUACAUGAGGGUCUAGUGGAACUCAACGGUAUCCGAGAGGAGCUUCAGUGUACCAGUAAUCCAGAUAAUUCUUCUACCAAUGAUCCAGAUAACUCCUUUGUGUCUCCUGCGCCAGAGAAAAGUAUUGAGGAUAUUGAGAAGGCUAAGCUUGCUGACGAAUAA